UGCCUCUAAUUUAGCCCAGGCCCCCCAAACAGAGCAUAGUCUUCACUAUGCAGCAACACUUGCACACCUCUAAGCUGGAAAAUCAGCUCAGGAACAGAAAACCUCACUUUUUAACAUGAAUUAAAUCCCUUUAAUUAGUUGUAGGGGUCUAGGGGUUCUCAUCUCAUUUUAAUGCUGUUUUAACAGGCAGUAAUGGAAUAAAGAUGAUUUUGGGGCACACUACCAUCAGAAAGCCCUAUGGUUCCUUACAAGCUGAUGCUGCCCACAACUUAACUCGCUGUGAGCAAACGUGCGGAUGGGACACGCGCGCGUGGGCAAACACCAUUGAGUCACCAUCAUUUACGCAAACCUAUCCGCGCCAGGUUUGUUCAAAGUUUCCCGCGUUGAUGUCGUUAACCCUGAUCCUGGGUCACACCGCAGUAAUAACCCGUAUUAACUCCCCCCCUCAUCUCCAGGUUUGCUGAGCGAUCAGCUGGGCCACUCUGCAGGUACCCGCGCCUAAGGAACAGGCUGUGCGAGUGGCGCGCUGCCCGCCCGCCGCCGCGGGGGGACGGGGCUGGGCCCUCCCGUGGCUCGCUGCAGAAGGGCCGGGCAGGAGCAGCCGGUCACCCCGCCACCGCCCGGCCCCGGCCCCGGCCCUACAGCCCCCGCUAGCUCCUCCGCCCCCUGCGCGCAUGCGCGGCGGGAGGGCGGCUCCCGGCGCAGGCGUGAGCCGCGCGCUGGCGGCGGGAGGGCAGAGGUCAGGGGGAAGGCAGCAUGGCGGGCUCCGAGAGCGGUGGGCCGCCGGCCCCGCAGCGGGUCCUUUUUCCGCCGACCUUUAGCGUGUCCGAGAUCAGGAACAAGCAGCGGCGGCACUUCAUGUUCCUGCGCUGGAAGCAGCAGCAGAGGAAGGAGAAACUGGCCGCCAAGAAGAAGCGGAGGAAGGAGCGAGAAGCCCUCGGAUACAAAGCACCUCCAAAAGCCAUACCAAAGACUAUUGAAAAUCAGAGAGAGUAUGAUGAAACAACUGUAGAUCCCAAUGAUGAAGAGGUUGCUUUUGAUGAAGCAACUGAUGAAUUUGCACCAUACUUCAACAGACAGACGGUUCCCAAGAUUCUUAUUACAACAUCAGACAGACCUCGUGGGAGAACAGUGAGAUUCUGUGAACAACUGUCUACUGUUAUACCUAACUCGCAUGUCUACUAUCGAAGAGGACUGGCCUUGAAAAGAAUUAUUCCACAGUGUAUUGCAAGGGACUUCACAGAUUUAAUCGUCAUUAAUGAGGAUCGCAAAAUACCAAAUGGUCUUGUUUUAAGUCAUCUGCCUGAUGGUCCAACUGCUCAUUUUAGAAUGAGUAGUGUCCGUUUGCGUAAAGAAAUAAAGCGAAAAGGCAAAGAGCCCACAGGACACGUACCUGAAGUAAUCCUGAAUAAUUUUACAACACGACUGGGCCAUUCUGUUGGUCGCAUGUUUGCUUCUCUGUUCCCACAUGAUCCUCAGUUCAUUGGAAGACAAGUAGCUACAUUUCACAACCAGCGAGACUACAUCUUUUUCAGAUUCCACAGAUACAUCUUCAAGAGUGAAAAAAAAGUAGGAAUUCAAGAACUUGGGCCACGUUUUACAUUAAAGCUGAGGUCUCUUCAAAAAGGAACCUUUGAUUCCAAAUUCGGAGAAUAUGAAUGGAUUCAUAAGCGCCGAGAAAUGGAUACAAGUAGGAGAAAAUUUCACUUAUAAGGGCCAGCUAUUUGCCAAUCGACAGAAAUACAGCUGCUUUGAACUGUGGAUUACCUCAGACUCCCAACUAAUGAUAAUGAUACUGAACAGUAUCUGUCAGCAGAAGGACAAACUGCAUUGAAACUUUCUACAGGAGCAGAUCAAGUAGGACACAAGUAGAUCCUGUGUUUGUAGCCAAAUCCAACAUGACAAGGACAGUGACUUUUUUCCAGUUUAACAGGAAAAACUCUGGCAAUGUCAGAGCAGCCUAUAAUUUAGCCAUCACUAAAGAUUUGCCAUGACUGCUGCUGUGCUGUAGAGAUAAAUUAUACUUUGCAACAUCAAAGACAGUAAAUAUUUUGGUUAAAGAUAUUCUCAAAAUAAAGUAUUCUAGUUAUACAGCUGCUUUUUUUUUUUUUUCUGUAAAGCAGCUAAACCCAGAUGUCUUCCAUUAAUGAGGUAAGACAUAAAUAUUUUAAACCCCUUUUUAACUUACAGUAUGCUGUUUCCUGACAGUAUGGUGAUAGCUUUCCAAAAAUGGUCUAUCAAGAGAACAUUGAGAAGGCUGUAUGCAAUCCAGGAAGUCUGUGGUAUUUUAUUUCAUUAAUGUCUUGCAUAAAGUAGCCAUGUUGCUGAAGUUACAAAAAUACUGUGCUUGACUCCUACAGGUAUCUCUUCUGUAAAUGUCAUAUUCAGAAGAACUAUAUACCCAAAGCAGCUGAUAUAUUUGUAUAUAAAAAUAAAUAAGCACCAGUGGGAAGGAAUUUGUAAGACCAGCUUAUAGGAAGUACUUAAAGCUAUCUUAUCUAAAAAUGCUGUUCAGUUGAACAUGCGAGGUUUCUGAGCAGGUUUUUUCCCAUCCAAAUCUUAAAAGUGCUUCAGUCUCAUAACUAGUGUUGGUGUGUUCUGCCUGAAGUUUCACGUUUACUGGCAGCUAAAAAGCUAAGUUUUCUUUGGAUUAUUUUAUUUUCAUAGGCAGCUACAAGAAGUGCUUUCUUACAUAUACCUAGAGGGUAAGAUGGCUCCUAGAGUAAGUCAUCUGCUAGGGUAGAAUUACUCCUUAAGAUAAAGAAUAAUUAAGUUACUCUGUCUUUAUUUGAUGUCUAUGAUACAGGACAGCUGUGUAGUUGAAUUACAAACUAACAGCCAAAAA